AUGACACUCAUGGAAUUGAAUGAAAAUGUUCAGCAACUCAGCAAUCAAAACUCGCAAAACAUUCCCGGUAUGGAUCAGCAGCAGCAGCGGAUCGGAACAAAACGAGAGAGAGUCGAUGUCGUUAUGAAAGAGAACGAUGGGCAGGACCAGAAUCAACAAGUUGUUCAACAGGAAAAGAGGCAACGGACUGUUGUUACCACUGAAGAACAGCAGUUUCAACAAGAUGCGGUUAGAUAUCAAGAGCUACCGGAGGGUACUGAAAUCAGACAAGUCAGCGGCGAUGGCCAGACCGUGCAGCUUUCAACUGGACAGCAAGGCCGCAUCAUCCAGGUUGAGCUGACCAACCCAGAUGGAAGCUCCAACGGCGUGCAACAAGUUCUCGUCUACGAACCCACUGGAGAGCAAGGAGAGACCAAAUAUGUUGACGAAGAAGGUAACGACUACCAGCCGCCGUAUUUUCCGCCCCAAGAUGGAAAUGGCAAUCAGUUUCAGUUCCAGCAGCAGUUUGCUGACGGCCAACAGUAUCAACAUGCUAUUAUGAUCGGAGAAGAUGGCCAACAAAUCCUUACUGAAGAAGGAGGCACUAGAAUCAUCGUCGGAAACAACGACAACUACAUCGUCACCCAAGACGGUCUUCUCCAAACUGUCGACGGUCAACAAGUUAUCAUGAUGAGCGAAUCCAUGGAAGGCAGCGACGUCGUCAACGGAGAAGAGCAGCAACAGCAAAUGCAAAACGGAACCAUCCAACAAGUCGAUGGCUCUGUCAUCAGACGCAUUCCUUCUGGCGCCAUUGUUAUCAAAGGCCAACGCGAUGGAAAGCCUGAUUCUCGAGGAUCUUCCGAUGUCAACGAUCCAUCAGGAGUAUUUUGCCAUGUUCCAGGCCGUCUCUCGCUGCUUUCCUCCACUUCAAAGUACAAAGUCACACUUGCCGAAAUUCAGCGGCGCUUGUCACCUCCAGAGUGCCUCAACGCCUCUCUCCUCGGCGGCGUUCUCCGACGUGCCAAGUCCAAGGAUGGCGGAAAACGACUUCGAGAGCGACUUGACAAGAUCGGUCUUUCGCUCCCAGCUGGCCGAAGAAAAGCUGCAAACGUCACACUUUUGACUUCCUUGGUGGAAGGAGAAGCUGUUCAUCUUGCUAGAGAUUUCGGCUACGUCUGCGAGACAGAAUUUCCAGCGAAACAAUUGGCAGAAUACGUUUGCCGACAACACAACGAUCCCGAGAUUGUUCACACGAGAAAAAAUAUGUGCCUCGCUACCAAAAAUAUCGUAAAAGAGCUGCAAGAUCUGCUGACACAAGACCGCUCACCAAUCGGCAACACAAAACCAACCCCUGUACUGGACCAGUGCAUCCAAAAACCGCUUUCGCAAUUCAGCGCGAUCACUCACGGAUUCGGAACACCUGGAAUCUGCGCCGCGCUGACCGCACUUCAGCAUUAUUUGACAGAAAUGCUGCGGCAACACGACAAGCCCAUGUCCCUUUCGUACAGCCACGAUAAGCCCCAGUCUCUUUCUUAUAAUAAGCAAAAAGACAUGUCCAGCAUCGUCAAGCACGACAAAAUGUGA